AUGGAUUAUUCAAGCGAUGAUUCUAUGGAUGACCCAGAUUAUGAACCCGAAAUUAGUAUUGGGCCCUAUGACAACCUAAGCACCGAUAGUGACAGCGACAGCUCCAGUAACAUCCCUUUAUCAAGGUUGAGGUUCAGUAUACCACGACGAGCAGAUUCUCCUAACAUACCUAGUUCUUCAGGGGCUACAAGUCAAUAUACUGAAGACGAAAUAGUUAAAAAUCUCAUCGAAAAUGUAAAAUGGGGUAUGCCAAGAGAUAAUCCUCCAAAAUCUGAUGAAUUCACAGACGUUGAAGGUUUGAAAGACAUUUAUCAACAAAUGUGGGCUAUGGGUGAUCCUCUUGAUUUUUACGAGUUGCUGCUUACUAGAGACAUUGUUGACGUUCUCGUAGAUCAGACAAAUCUCUAUGCUACGCAGUACCUUGUUAGUGAAGAGGUCGAUAUAUCAGCACAUUCCAGAACACAUUCGUGGCGUCCUGUUGAUGCACCUGAAAUGUAUAGAUUCCUGGCAUUGAUUGGAUGGAUGGGCCUGGUAAAAUUACCGAACAUAAGGGAUUAUUGGCGAAAGCACAGGCUAUACGGAUUACCCUUAGCUCGCAAAAUUAUGGCCCGAAAUAGGUUUGAGCUAAUUCUAAAAUUUUUACACUGUUCCGAUAAUGAGCAGGCGCCAAAAGAUGAUCGUUUAGCGAAGAUUCAAAACGUUUUAGACAUGUUUAUCCGCAAUUAUCAAUUGGUGUAUACGCCUGGACAAAAAAUCUGCAUUGACGAGAGUCUUAUCCCCUGGCGAGGAAGACUACUAUUUCGCCAAUAUAUUCCAAAUAAAAGACACAAAUACGGGAUCAAAUUGUUCAAGCUGUGUACGGAUAAGGGGUUUACUUGGAAUAUCAUAAUUUAUUGUGGUAAAUCAAAGACAGAUCAGAAGGAUGUUUCAGAAAAAGUUUGCAUGGAUUUAGCACAAAAACUUUUGGAUCAUGGACGUAUCCUUUACACGGACAAUUAUUAUACAAGUGUUCCACUUGCCUAUCGACUGAUACAUAGGAAAACUGGACUAGUUGGAACGCUAAGACUAAGCAGAAAACAUCUACCGAAGGAAUUAGUCACAGCCAAUUUGAAGAAAGGAGAGGUGAUCGGAAUGGAAAGCAUAGACGGCAAGAUAGCAGUCAACAAAUGGAGGGACAGACGUAACGUAGCUACGCUCUCAACGGCACAUUCAGCAAAGAAACUCGUAAAAGUAAAGACAAAGAGAAGGCCUGAAGUAUGGAAGCCUGAGAGUAUAGUGGAUUAUAACAGCGGAAAAUCAUCAAUUGACGUAAGCGACCAAAUGGCGUCCUACGGCUCUGCACUCCGCCGGUGCACGAAGUGGUAUAGGAAGCUGUUGAUAGAGCUAGUUUGGGGAACCUCGCUUGUCAAUGCCCACUUUUUAUACAACAAAUACACUCGAAAGCCCCAAAUAUCUAUCACCACAUUCAGAGAAGAAGUCAUCGAUGCAAUGUUGACUAAAUAUGGCAAUGAUACUCGGGAUGAUUCACCAAGAUCAGGCCCACGUCCUAAAACCCACUUGAUGAUCGACAAUGUGUCAAAUAACAAAAAAAGGAGAGGACGCUGCAAGGGUUGCUACGCUAUUUAUGGCAAUAAAGGCUUGAUUGUAGGCGGUAAAAGAAAACUUGCAAGACAAGUUUCCACAAUUUGCAAUGUUUGCAGACAUUUUUACUGCAGAACCUGCUUCAAUGAAGCACACAAAUAA